UGUCCACGCCCCCGAGGCAAGGUGUUUUUGUCUAGUCUCUACACAUUUGCAGGAGAACAACACGCUGAAAUGUUCCUUUCCUUGUCACCGGGCUCUUAAUAAUCCACAAGGUGAACUGUAGUCCAGUUGAGAACCUGUCUCGGGGUUUGGAUCGUUUAAUCAGAAGCCGUCUUGUUCAUGGCAAGUCUGGACACAACACAAAAAGAAGUUUCCUUACAUACGUCAGCAGAAGAAGCGAUGGAGACAGAAGAAGGUGGUUCCAGCCAGGCUGGUGACAGUGCAGAGAGACAGAAUCCCAAGCAUAGACUUGUUCACCUUGACUUGAAAGGGGCACCUCCCAAAAUCAGCUAUCUGGCCCAGGUCAUCCCCCUGUUUAAGAAGUUUGGUGCAACAGGACUGCUGGUUGAGUAUGAGGACAUGUUUCCCUACAAUGGUGAGCUGAGAGAACUGGCUGGUGCACAUGCCUACAGCCAGGAAGAGAUCCAGCAGCUUCAGGAGUUAGCAAAGGAACAUGACAUGCUGUAUGUGCCACUGGUGCAAACCUUUGGUCACUUUGAGUUUGUGCUGAAACAUGACAAGUUUCGACACCUACGAGAGGUGGACAUGUACCCUAUGGCUCUUUGUCCCAGCAAUACAGAAUCAUUAGUAGUAGUGAAGAAGAUGAUUGAUCAGCUGAUGGCAGCACACCCUGAUGUUAGGUACCUUCACAUAGGAGCUGAUGAGGUGUUCCACCUUGCCCUGUGUAAGGCCUGUAAGUUGCGGAUGGCAGAACAGAUGUGGUCAGACCGUCAGCUGUUCCUGGACCACAUCAUGACGGUGCUGAGCUACAUCAAGGUCAUGUACCCUAAUGUCAAGGCCAUCAUGUGGGACGACAUGCUGAGGGAAACCAGCAUGGCUCACCUGCAGGCCUAUGGUAUAGGUGAGAUGGUGGAGCCCAUGGUGUGGUGUUACCUACCCAGGCUGUCUGGAACAUUCCUCACUGUUUCUUUUGAAGAUCUUUGGAAGAAGUAUGCAGCUGUCUUCAAGUCAGCAUGGAUUGGGACAGCUUUCAAAGGUGCUACUGGUAGUUCCCAGUACAUUGUCCCCAUCAACUAUCACCUACAGAACCACCUGGCCUGGCUGGCACAGCUGGACAACAUUCCCUCCAGCCUUACUGUACAGGGCUGGGCACUCACUGGCUGGAGCAGAUAUGACCACUAUGCCACACACUGUGAGCUGCUACCGGCUGCCAUACCUAGCCUGGCACUCUGCCUUCAGACAGUGGUACACGGUGGCUUCACGGAGGACUGUGCCUUCCACAGGAAGGUGUCGGAGGAGCUGGGGUUUUCCCAAACCAUCCAGGUUCAAGUGGUGCCCAAACUUAAGACCAUAGCACAGGAAGGCAGAUUUCCCGGUGCAAAGCUGUUCCAGGCUGUGCAUGUUCUGGUGAACCUGGACGCUGACUACAUAGAGUUCCUGAAUGGAGACAGGUUAGUAUCAAACCCUUGUUUUACGAUGUGCUGUUUUCCAUGUCCUGUACCUCUAAGCAGGUACACUGGCUGGAUGACGGACUACCAUGUCAGGAAGAACUUCACCAACCCCUGUCACCUGGAGUUCAUCAUUCACGUGGCAUCCAGACUUCAAGAAGAGUUCUCCAAGCUUCACAGAGAAAUGGACAUCUGCCUGUCGGAGGUGUAUGACCCGAGUACUGUGGAGGAGUGGCUGGUGGUGCACUUCAAGUCUCCCAUAGACAAGCUGAGUGAAAUCCUUGGGACUGCAAAGACACAAAUUGAACGUUAUUCCAGCAAGAACACAUGCAGCAGCUAGUGUUCAUGUAUCUGUGGAAUAUAUGAGAUAUCACGUGUUGCUUUUGUCAGUGUCAGUCUCGUGUGCAAAUUCUGCUGCUUUCACUAGUGUUACUAAGCUUUCUUCCAAUAUGCAAACCGUCAUGCUAGAUCUGGUAUACCCCCUUGCCAGAGUGGACCAUUUAGUGACCAAAAAAAGACAGUGGCUCUGUUAUCACCUAUCUACUCAAGCUCACAUUUGUGGUAGAUCUGCUAUUUUCUAUUUCAAACCUGCCACUUCAUUGUGUAUUGCUUGAAAGAAAAAGCGUGCUCAAAGAAAUCAUAAUCAUGGAAGAAAACCCUAUAAGGGAACAUUCAAGAGGAUGGAUAUAGUCGUUUAUCUUUAUUGUUAACAGAGAUGAUAUGUUUAACAUAUCUAUGUAAUAGAUAAUCUCAUAAGAUGUUGACUGCUGUACUUUUAUUGUAUAGAGGUAGGAUAUCAUGUGUCUUACUGUGGUGAAGCAAAGGGAAGAGAAAACUGAGCUAUUGUCUUACGAGCUGUGCUUACAUUAAGAUAUAAUCUUGAGAUAUGUGUACGCCAAUGGCCAACAGGUUAACAAACCUACAGAUGUCAUUAUUGGCAAGGCUGUUGCUUUCAUCCUCUAGAAUGUCAACUAAUCCUUGUCACUAAGA